AUGGCGUCUAAAUAUAGUCUCAUAAACUAUGAUUCCGACGAAGACCGAGCUCAAAAUCCCAAUGCCCCACCAAGGGAGAAUCUGCUGUCAGCGUGUUUAUUUGUCUUCGAUAUUCUACAGAGGUCCAAUAUAAAUCAUGCCGUCAUGGGGGGUUUUGGACUGAACCUACGAGGAAGCCCUCGCCCGACCAGAGAUGUGGAUGUUGCAGUAGAAGCACGGAUGGCUCAACUCUGGCCAGUAGUAGAGCCGCAAUCCAGGUUGAUCAUUCCUGAUACCCGAAUGAUAGAGGCGAUCAUGAAAGUAUUUGUUAGGACAGGACCUGGCCAGGACCAGUGCCAAGAAGUGCGGAACAUAGAACUGGAUUUGAUUCUCUGUGGAUCAAAUGGGAGCCCUCGAUCUCUGGCUAAUCAUCGUCGACUGCUUCCAGUCACAUCGCUGUCGGGCCAACAAGUCCAGAUUCCGGCACUGGAUCUCCUUUAUGCUUUGCGUAGCAAGUUGGGAGCUUGUUCAUCAAGAGGAGCGCCCAGAGAUAUCACGGAUGUGAUUUGGCUUGUGACUACGUUCGCAGGCCAAGUCAGGGCUAUCAGAGCGAGUCUAGAUCCUGAUGAAUGUGACCAAUUUGUGGAGCUGGUUUCUGGUCCGGAAAAAGCACUUGCAGCAGAGGUCUUGGGGAGGCGUGUUGGUUAG